ACUGGAGCGCGGAGUCCGCUGUCAUCGCCGGAGGGAGACGCAGAGCCCCCUGAGUCCUGGUCUACCGGUGCCCAGGCGCCCCCUUCCCGAGGCCACCUAGCGCCCGCCCCCUGCCGCGAGCCAAGGCCAGCGCCCCGCCCGGAGAUGGGCAGACGCGUAGAUGGCGCGGCUCCCGGCGCCGCCAGAUCGCAGGAGCCCGGCGCCGGGGCGCUGCGCUGAGGCUCCCGCUCGGCGCGGCCCCAGAAGCCUGCAGGUGUCCUUGGCCUCUCGGCCGCCGCCGGGGAGACUCCUUCGCCAGCACCUAGAGCCCCGCUACCCGGAGCGGCCCCGCCCCCCAGGCUUGGCGCCGCGCAGGACGCCCCGUCUGAGGCCCCCCCGCCGCGGCGCGGCCCCCGCAGCGCAGCGCCCAGCCCAGCGCAGCUCCCAGCGGUGGAUGCAGGACCCGAGGCUCGCUCCUGCGGGCGCGCUUGUUUUCUUACAGUCGCCUCGCCCUGCGCAGCCCCCACCCGCUGGUCCGCUCCGCUGCGCUCAGCCCCUCCCGCCAUCCUUGCCCAGCGCUGGAUUUAUGAAUGGGGGGAAGAGGCCACAUGCCGCCGCCGCCGCCUCGUGUUGACCUCGCGCAGCCCGGGCCCGCCGAGCUCCGGCUGCCCUGAAAUCGUCGGCCCGGCCCCGGCAGCCGCUCGGAGGACUUGUUGCUGCUGCGCUGCCGCCGCGGAGAAACCGGCCGCUCCCGGGCUCCGCGCGGUCUGGGAGCCGGAGGGUGGCUCUUGUGAGUGUGAGCGCGCGCGUGCCCCGGACCCUCGCAGUGUGCCGGGACUGAGCACUUCUUGGUCUUUUGUCGGGUGAGGGGGGGCGUGUCCCUGGCCCGGAGCGGGAGUCUGUGUGUCCCGUCCUAGCCUGCUUGCCGCUACCUCCCCUGGCCCCUUGCUGAGUCCUCUCUGCACCUCCUGCCUCCCGCCCCAGCGUUGCCUACCCAAACCCCAACCACCUGUGCGCCCGAGAAACCCAACUCCUCCCGCUACGCGCCCCGGGGGGAAGACAGGGGCAGGGCCAAGCCGCAGAGGGGGCCGCCGCCGCCUCCUGCCUCCUGCCUCCUCCUCGUCUCCUCCCCCUCCCCCGUCUGACGCUGCCUCCUCUGGAAGGGUGUUUGGAGGGCAGCGGCCGCCCCAAGCCGGAGCCCCGCAGCGCUUCUUAUGAUCAGCUCGGUGUGUGUCUCCUCCUACCGCGGGCGCAAGUCGGGGAACAAGCCUCCGUCCAAAACAUGUCUGAAGGAGGAGAUGGCCAAGGGCGAGGCGUCGGAGAAGAUCAUCAUCAACGUGGGCGGCACGCGACAUGAGACCUACCGCAGCACCCUGCGCACUCUGCCGGGCACCCGCCUCGCCUGGCUGGCUGAUCCCGACGGCGGGGGCCGGCCGGAGUCCGAUGGCGGCGGUGCGGGCAGCAGCGGCAGCAGCGGCGGCGGAGGAUGUGAAUUCUUCUUCGAUCGGCACCCGGGCGUUUUCGCCUACGUGCUCAACUACUACCGCACUGGCAAGCUGCACUGCCCCGCCGACGUGUGCGGGCCGCUCUUUGAGGAGGAGCUCACCUUUUGGGGCAUCGACGAGACCGACGUGGAGCCCUGCUGCUGGAUGACCUACCGCCAGCACCGCGACGCUGAGGAGGCGCUCGACAUCUUCGAAAGCCCAGACGGGGGUGGCGGUGGAGCGGGGCCCAGCGACGAGGUCGGCGAUGAUGAGCGGGAGCUAGCCCUGCAGCGCCUGGGGCCGCACGAGGGAGGCGCAGGCCCUGGCGCCGGUUCCGGGGGCUGCCGCGGCUGGCAACCACGCAUGUGGGCACUCUUUGAGGAUCCCUACUCCUCCCGGGCGGCCAGGGUGGUAGCAUUCGCCUCCCUCUUCUUCAUCCUGGUGUCCAUCACCACCUUCUGCCUGGAGACUCACGAGGCCUUCAACAUCGACCGCAACGUGACGGAGAUCCACCGGGUGGGGAAUAUCACCAGUGUGCGCUUCCGGCGGGAGGUGGAGACGGAGCCCAUCCUCACCUACAUCGAGGGCGUGUGCGUCCUGUGGUUCACACUGGAGUUCCUGGUGCGCAUCGUGUGCUGCCCCGACACGCUGGACUUUGUCAAGAACCUGCUCAACAUCAUUGACUUUGUGGCCAUCCUGCCCUUCUACCUGGAGGUGGGACUGAGCGGUCUGUCGUCCAAGGCAGCCCGCGACGUGUUGGGUUUCCUGCGCGUUGUGCGCUUCGUGCGCAUCCUGCGGAUCUUCAAGCUCACGCGUCAUUUCGUGGGGCUGCGCGUGCUGGGCCACACGCUCCGCGCCAGCACCAACGAGUUCUUGCUGCUCAUCAUCUUCCUGGCCCUGGGCGUGCUCAUCUUUGCCACCAUGAUCUACUACGCCGAGCGCAUCGGUGCCAGGCCCUCUGACCCACGGGGCAAUGACCACACCGACUUCAAGAAUAUCCCCAUCGGCUUCUGGUGGGCCGUGGUCACCAUGACAACACUGGGCUACGGGGACAUGUACCCCAAGACGUGGUCGGGCAUGCUGGUGGGGGCGCUGUGUGCACUGGCCGGAGUGCUCACCAUCGCCAUGCCUGUGCCGGUCAUCGUCAACAACUUCGGCAUGUACUACUCCCUGGCUAUGGCCAAGCAGAAGCUGCCCAAGAAACGGAAGAAGCAUGUGCCACGGCCACCCCAGCUUGAGUCACCCAUUUACUGCAAGUCCGAGGAGACCUCGCCCCGGGACAGCACCUACAGCGAUACCAGCCCCCCUGCCCGGGAAGAGGGUGUGGUGGAGAGGAAACGGGCAGACUCUAAGCAGAAUGGUGAUGCCAAUGCAGUGCUGUCGGACGAGGAGGGAGCUGGCCUCACCCAGCCCCUGGCCUCCGCCCCUACCCCCGAGGAGCGCCGGGCCCUGCGUCGCUCUGGCACACGGGACAGAAACAAGAAGGCAGCUGCCUGCUUCCUGCUCAGUGCUGGGGACUAUGCCUGUGCCGAUGGCAGUGUCCGGAAAGGCAUAUGCAUCCUCCCUGACCACCAACUGAGGCUGCAAGCCCUCCUUCUGCAAAGACUUGUCCUCCCAUGUUGUGGACAGGAGCUGGGCAUGAUAUGGCUCCAUAUUCUGGUGCCUUACCAGCUCCUUAGGACAGUGGAAUAGUCCAGGGUGGUGAGGGCAGUGCAGCUAUUUGGGGGAAAGCUUAAGGGCUGGCAGUAAUUGGGUCCCAUGAGCCACAGGCUACAUUAAGAAGCUUCGCCACUGCCUCCCUGCUAGGGUGUAGAGUUAUGGUCCUUCUACCGCAUUGCAGCUCUGAAGACCUGAGAGCUAGUAGUUUCUGGAGCUUGGUUACCGGAGCAGAUGUGGAUAUGCACUGCAACCCCUGGGCCCAGAGGGGUGAUGAAGGGCUCACCUCAUUCCUUAACCCAUCCCUAUGCUUUCUGGCCUCUUGGCCCGGGGUUCCCUAUGCCUUCCAGCUCUGCUCCUGGCCUGCUCCUUAGCCCACAGCCUGUGGGUUAGCUGCUGGCUUUCUUCUAACAUGUCACUCUUUGUUUCUCCCUUUCUUUUGCUGAACUCCUUGCCCCCAGAAGGCAAUGUUGAACCGAAAGCGUGCGUCCCAGUGUCUCACACCUGUGCUCUUUAAACACAGAGACCUGCCAAGACGCCCUCUCGUCCAACUAUGCCCAGGCUGAAGUCCUCACUCUCUCUUAAAGUGGCACCAACGUGAGAGAGACAGGCAGACAGACAGAAAGCCAGAGGCUUAGGGAAACUCUGGAACCCAGGCACGAAUCUUUUCACUGGGAAAGACUCAGAUAUCCUUGUUUGCACAAGACUGGUGGAAAACCUCCCAUGCGACCCUCGGGGCCCAGAGCCAUCUGGGUCUGAUGUUCUGUUCUACUGUACAUUGAAGAGAUAUAUAUGCACAUAUAGUAUCUAUAUUCAUACAUACUAUACUCUUGUGUGUAGUGCACGUGCUAUUGGUGGUCUGUCUUCUUUGUAGGCUAUGUCUCCCUGAACCCUCUCCCCACCCCAAGUUUCCUAUCCUCUUUCCCGCAAAGAUUCCUUGUUUCUUCUGACUGUGUGUGGGGAAUGUCCCAGGAAAAGUGCACCUGAGAACCACCCAUCUACCUGGGUGGUCCCAGGAUACUCUCUGGGGGUGUUUACCCUGUCAACAGGUGGUCUGUUGAAGUCUGUAGGCGGCCAGACUGCCCCCCAGGGUCACUGCUCCACUAGCCCACCCCCACCCCAGGUUGGGGUUCUACCUCCCACCCCACACCCCAGUUGUGGGGGGACUUCCAGGGGCUCCUCUGCGGCCUCUUCCACUCCUUCCAACACCCCAUCUGUGUCCUUGAUAGAGGGGGGCAUUUUGUCACUUUCAUUUUUGAUUUAUUUGUUCUGUCUCCUUCAUCCAUUUGUUUUCAAAGAUGCUGCUGGGCAGACGGGCAGGAAAGGGGUCUGUCUGCCCAUCUGGCUCAGGGGUCUGAGAAGGGGACACCUCGGGCAAGAGGAGACCAGUUGCAAUACUGUACUUCCUGGCCGGUGGCCAGAGGAUGCGUGCAAUAGCAGAGGCCAGGUGACCCCUUCAGCCUUGGCCUCGGCCCUCCCCCCUGCCCCUCCCUGGUGUUGGUUAAGUCCUUCUCUCAAGCUGUCUCCUCAUGUGUGUCUGAGGCACGCCUAGGCCGGGCCCUGCUGCCCUGUCUGCAUGCCUUCAACUGUCAUGCUGUGCUCGAACCUCAAUAAAGACAUCGGAGUGUCCUGUUGCUCCUCUAUGUGA